AUCAGUUUGAGCCGUGAUCGCAACGCGUUCGCUUCGAUUUUUCCCACCGGACCACGGUGCAUUUUGCAAUCUCCGCGAUUGCCAAACAAACAAAACAAAGUUUUACUCCAACGAAAAAAAAAAAAAAAAAUCUGAGAUAAAUAACGCGCAGCAAAAGCAACUAUUUUUAGCGGAUUACGUGAGUGUCAUUUGAAUUUUUUCGACGUGAAGUAUACGCCCGAUCUGUUGGCGAGAAAAAUAAGAAAAAGAAAAGAACAAACAGAGUGCUGGCCAAAUUUGCUCGCCAUCUCAGCAGCCAAGUGAAGUGUAAUGAAAUGUGUACAGCGGCCAAAAACUAACAACCUGUCGCAUUGGCUGGCAAAAAGCGUUAACAAUAAAUAAGCGAAACAAUACCAACAGCACGGCCAGUUCAACUGUAUAACAAUGAGGAGAGAAGGCACAGAAAUCACCGCAUUGAACUUGAAAGUUGGCUAUGGAGUGGAGAGGACUGGACCGAACUGAACCGCAAAGAGACCCCCACACGAAUUCACAGAUCCAGAUCCCAACUGACAAUUGUAUCGCGAUUGACCGCCGGGCAGGGCACAAAUGCACCUCGAGGAAUUGCUAGACGGGUCCAUUAGCAGUCAAUCAGCCGCAGAGAAGAGCCAGCAAAAGAUACAGAUACAGGCGGAGCAAAAGAUACAGGAUGCACGAGAGACAAGUGAAGAAGUUGAAGGGCAGCCAUUAUGUGGCCACGCACGGUCGCCUCACUCCGGAUCCGCCCUACGUCCACUCGAACCGCGGCUAUUCCACCGACGGCGAUGAGACCCACUCCCACCGGGCGCCCUCGGAGCGCACCUAUUCGGAGUACACGUUGACCCACGAGCGCAUCUCGCCGCAGUACAAUGGUUCGCGCAAGAAGCGCUCCUCAUCCUCGAAUGGAAACCAUCAGCAUCAGCACCUGCAGAGCAGCUACAGCCACAGUCAGAUGGGCCUCUCCAGUUCGCCGGACAACGGAGGACCUCGCUCCCUCAGCGGACCGCCGCCCACGCGCCAGCCACCGCGUGCUCCGUCCGCCCUGAGCUAUGACCAGGCUGGUGACGCCGGCAGCGACAUCUAUGUGACCAGUGCCGCCUACAAGGCGCCCUCCGAGAUCAGUCGCUACAGUCAGCGUCCAGUGUCGCGAGGAGCUCCACGGAGUGUUUACUCCGUGGCCAGUACGGCCAAAACCGGACGCAGUGCGCGCUCGACGACUCGGCGAGGCGCCAAAGUGGAAACCAUGUCCGCGCCGAAUCCAUUUUGCCCCAAUGUCAAGGGCGUGUGCUGUCUGAUGCUGUUGCUCAACUUGGGCCUGAUCCUGGUGACGCUAGGAUUCGUCAUUGUGGUGCAGUUCUAUGAGCCACUGUACGUGUGGAUACUGGGAAUUGUGUUCCUGGUCUUCGGCUUCCUCACGCUAAUCGGCUGCAUGAUCUACUGUGUGUACGUGUUCCGGGAUGCGAAGACGCCAUCGCAGGUGCGCAACGAGGAUCUCUACUGGACGCGGCACUGGCAGAAGAAUAUCGGAUACACGCCGCAGGAGAUCAACUACAAGGCGGACAAGUACGAUGCCUACUCGGAUCGCUAUUCGGUUAGCAAGCUGAGUGGCAAAUACUCGGAUCGCGAGAGCCAGCGAUACUGAUUGUUAUGCAUAUGUACAUAUGUAUGUAUGUACAUACAUAUGCGGUUUGAUGAAAGGGGAUCCUUUGGGCGGAGAAGAAAUAUGAAUAGCCACAUAUAAACCACUUAUAUCUUAACUAAUUGUAAGACUAUCUACUAGUUCUAAACGGUUAUUAACAAGGCCCCUCCAACGUACCUGCUGCAAGUUGCUUGCUGGUUUGUAUGUUUUAAGAGUGAAACUGACGGGAGACGCGAACGCGAGGAUGCAACAGAGUAUUGUAAUCUGCCAUAUUUGAGAAGGUUUGUUAGGUUUGAUUUGGCUAAUCAACAGAAGAGUUUUAUGCUAAAAUUGUAACUGCAAUUGUAACACACGAGAAAUAAACAAGCAAAUAAUACCUACUAG